GAAGAGUUAGAUGAGUUCCUAGAAGAAUGAUAAAAGAAAAAUGAGUCUGAAACGCAGGGGAAAAACGCAAAAUAUGCAAAUUUUACAGUGUUGGAAGAGUUGUUCAACAAGGCUUUGUCUAUCUCGACGAGCAAUUUUCUGUGCGAGGACAAGUAGAGGGAAAACUGAAGAACACGGUUAACGUUUUGUCAAUGUAAAGUUUCAGCAGUUUUUUCAUUGCCUUCCUGAGCGGAGACAGGGAAUAGAUCACAGAUUGGUAGGGUUGAGGCCAAAAGUUUUAAAGGAGCAAAAGACCGGGGUAGUUUCUGUUAAGGGCAUGGACAAAUGGAAGUGGGUUUCUAAAAUUUGCUCCGCCCAAAACAAGGCUACACUUAGGUCCUCGUAUUGUGGAUUAGAAUGCGUACAUUUUCACCGCAAUUGUAACUAUGUUAGCAGCAGAAGCAGCUGUUGCUGUAAAGGAUGUCGCCUUGCUAGGAGAGGAAGUGAAGAAAGAAGAGAAGUUUGUACCACCCAAAUGUCAAGCAUUAGUUUUGAAAAUAUUUUCAUCCUGUCUGGUCCCGGUGAUCCUCAUUCUCAGCCUUCUUUAGGGUUUGCCGAUGUUCAAGCUUGGUUGAACACCCGUACACACAAUUGGAAGAACCUCUGGCAGAAAUCAGCGCCAAUUUUAAGUUUGCGGCCUGAUUUUGGGAUACCUCACAGAAAUUAUGCUUCUAGGGCUGUUUGUUCUGGUCUUGUCUCUAUGAAGGGAAUGCCAAUAUCAAAGCCAGAUGGGAGUUGCAGUGGGAAUGGAGAUGAUGAUGGUGGUGGUGAAAUUACUCAUAAGAAACAAAGAAAUUGUCUGAAAGAGUAUGGACAGUCUUGGAGCGAGCAACCUGUUGAUUUUGGAGAAGUGGAGAGAGUUUGUAAAGUGGUGGAGGAGCUUUUUGCAAUGGAUCGGAAUAUGGAAGCAGUUCUUGAUCAAUGCGGAGUUAAUUUGUCCCACUCAUUGGUAUUUCAUGUCUUGAGCAGAUUUUCCAAUGCCAGGAAGCCUGCUUUGAGGUUUUUCAAUUGGGCAGGGCAGCAGGCUGGUUUUUCGCACAAUUCACUGACUUAUAAUAUGAUGAUGAAUAUCUUGGGAAGGGCGAAACAGUUUGAGACUAUGUGUGAGCUAUUCGAAGAGAUGGGCAAGAAAGGUUCUAUGUUAACAACAGAUACCUUUGAGAUUGCCAUCAAAUCCUGUGCAGCUGGCCGGGAGAUGAAAAAAGCUGUGCAGAUGCUUCUUUCAAUGGAACGGUACAAAUUUGGGGUCAACGUUAACAACUUCAACUUUCUAUUGGAUGCUUUGGGUCGAGCAAAACUUGCAAAGGAAGCACAAAUGCUGUUUGAAAGAAUGAGAGAUAAGUUUCCUCCAGAUGCAAAAACUUACACCGUGCUUCUUUCAGGAUGGUGCAAGGUGAAGAACCUGCUACAGGCAGGUAAACUUUGGAAUGAGAUGUUGGAUGAAGGAUAUAAACCAGAUCUUGUCACCCACAACAUCAUGUUGGAAGGCCUUUUUACAGGAAGAAGGAAGGAUGAGGCUCUGAAGCUCUUUGACUUAAUGAAAAAAAGUGGCCCCACUCCCAAUACUAGGAGCUACACUACUGUGAUUUGUGCCCUUUGUAAAUUACACAAGAUGGGGGAAGCCCUGAGACUCUUUGUUGAAAUGCAGGAAAAUGGCUGCCCAAUAGAUGCUGCUGUUUAUACUUGUUUGAUCACGGGCUAUGGCAAUGCUGAGAAUUUGGAUCAGUCCUAUAAAUUGCUUCAAGAAAUGAAAGAGAGAGGAAUUCAUGACUGCCAGACCUACAAUGCUCUGAUCAAAGUCAUGGUGGAUCUUUACAAACCAGAUGAAGCUGGUAAACUCUAUGAUGAGAUGAUACAAUGUGACUUCAAACCCACCAUUCACACCUACAACAUGCUUAUGAAAUUAUAUUUUAGGACAAGGAAAUUUGAAAGGGGCUUUGAUAUAUGGAAUCAGAUGGCUCGGAAUGGGUGCAGUCCUGAUGUCAAUUCGUACACUGUGUUUAUAGGAGGGCUUUUUAGGGAAGGCAGAUCCCAGGAGGCAUGCACCUACAUUGAAAGAAUGAUUGAGAUGGGCAUGAGGGCUCCUCGUUUCAAUUAUGAUAAAUUCCUUGCUGAUUUUUCAAGAGCAGGCAGGCCUGAUAUAUUUGAGGAACUUGCAGAACAAAUGAGACAAACGGGAAAGUUGGAUGUUGCAGAUGUGUUUAUUAAGCUCUCACGGAAACUGGAAAAGAAAACCAAGAAAGCCAACAGAAGACAUGUCACUCCUGUUGGGCUGCGGUCUAGUGGUGAGUUUGGGCGCUUCCCACAAGAGGAAAAAACCAAGAAAGCCAACAUAAGACAUGUCACUCCUGCUGGACUGCUGUCUAGUGGUGAGUUUGGGUGCUCCCCGAGACAGCAAAAAACCAAGAAAGCCAACAUAAGACAUGUCGCUCCUGUUGGGCUGCGGUCUAGUAGUGAGUUUGGGCGCUUCCCAGGACAUCAAAAAACUAAGAAAGCCAACAUAAGACAUGUCACUCCUGUAGGGCUGUGGUCUAGUGGUGAGUUUGGGCGAUUCCCAAGACAACAACCUAGUUUGUAAACCCAGCAAGUGUAGCUGUGUGUCAAUGCAGCUGUUUCAGUUGAGAUAUUGUGAGUGGAGGCCUGCUUCCAAUCCAAAACAAAGUUCUGUGUUUACUUAGCCUUUUCCAACGAAAGGAGACGUGUUGCAAGCAAAUUAUCAGUCAGGUCAAUGCCAUAUAACUUUGGUACUGAAUAUCUGAUACACAUUAUCGUGGAAGCAUUUCCUCCCCCUCCCCACAAGACAGGCACUGAGUUUUGGACAAAUACAUAAUUGAAAUAAUUCUAGCUCAAUUCUAUCAUGUUUGUAAUCCAAUAUUUGGUUUGAUUAUCAAUAAACGACUAAUGAUGGAAGCUAUGAAACCCUUAGGUACGACUAAUGAUGGAAGCUAUGAAACCCUUAGGUCAAAAGUUCCGUUACAUUAUAGUUAUGGGGAAAGAAUUGGGCCUGUGUCAGUCCCGUUGUUGAGCGAUGGCUUAGCCACUAAACUGCAGCUGUUUGACUUUCUAAGUUAAUACUCUGGUUACAUAGAAGUUUCAAAUAUUCAUCUUAUUGAGUUGAGCAAGUGAAGUGCAUCCAGAAUCAGAGGUGCAUUUUCACUGUGUAUUGAAACAGUAACAAUGGUAAAAUACAGCCAUGUGCAGGAAUAGUAUUGGAAUCUUGUUUAUAUAACUAGCUAUAUUAUUACCAGACAAUACCAUUUGGGGAUGCUUUCUCUGAUGAUUAAGAACAGUGAUAAAUGUUAGAGUGGCAGGAAGUUUAAUGUGAAUGUAACUCCUCGAUGAGAUGCGACUUCUAAUUGCAUCUGCAGAGA